AUGGAUUAUAAUCUCUCAAUAUUUCUUACAUGGGUCAUGAACGGUUCCACGGAAAUCGUUCGUUUACACUCGCUGUUAGAUCGACAAUCUCAUCUCGUCGUUAAGCCUAUAAUGGGACUGUACAUUGCUGCACCAUGGACGACUGAUAUCCCUUUGCUUAAUGACAAAUGGUGCGAACUAAUGCAAAUUCGGCAACAACUUUGGGAUUUUCUCCAAAAGCAAAUUGAUUCACAUCAUCGGCAGCUUGCCACUGACGGCGUACUUGAGGACGACCUCACCUUCGCGUACAUGCGUGAGAUGGAGAAACGUCGCCUAACCGGUACCGAUAUGGGCUACUUUAAUGAAUGGCAGAUGAAGAUGCUGCUUUUCGACCUAUUAUUUGCCGGCAUGGAAACGACAGCCACUACUUUGAAAUGGGGCUUCCUUCUGGUCAUCCUGAACCCACAUGUACAGCGUCGCGUUCAGGAAGAACUCGAUCGUGAAUGUGCUGAAGACGUCGUCACUAUGGCCGAUCGACCACGACUGCCAUAUACUCAAGCAACGAUCAACGAAAUACAACGCAUCGCCAACAUUGUACCAAUCAACUUGAUGCGAACUGUGAGCGACGACGUCACCAUGGAUGGCUUCCAUUUCCCCAAGGGCACCCUUGUUAUACCGCAAAUUUCUAUUCUAAUGAAUGACGAGAGCAUCUUUGAGAAUUGCAAAGAAUUUCGACCGGAAAGAUUUCUGGACGUGCACGGGAAAUUGCGUCGAAUCGAUGAAUUCCUACCGUUUUCAGUGGGGAAACGGCAGUGUCUAGGUGAGUCGUUGGCAAGGGCGGAGCUGUUCUUAAUUUUCAGCAAUCUUCUGAAGCAGUUCGACUUCAAACCAACUUCUGGAACGGCUUUGUCAACCAGUCGGAUUCUGGGGCUAACAGUGUCUCCACCGAAGUACGAAUGUAUAGUGGAGCUGAGGAAACUUGACCGGAACCACAACUUUGUUUAA